AGAAAAAAUGAGAAACCGUGUAAGAAAAACCAAUAUUGGACAGUUCUCCGACGAACAAAUGGAGAGAGCUGUUAAACUUAUUCUCGAAAAUAAAAUUAGCUUAAGAAGAGCAGCAGACGAAUGUAAUGUUAGUUUUGUUACAUUAUUUAGGUAUGUAAAAAAGCAAAAAGCUGCUAACGAUGAAGGAUCUAAUAUGAAAAUUCGUUUUACUCCUAAGUAUAAUUCCCGUUUAAUAUUCACUGCCGAACAAGAAAAACUUUUAUCAGAGUAUUUAUUGAUCUGUUCCAAAAUGUGCUACGGAAAAUCAACACGUGAUACACGUGACCUGGCAUAUGAAAUGGCUAUGAUAAAUGAGAUAAAUGUACCUCCAAGUUAGGUUUUUUAAAAAGAAAUACAACAUUGUCCAAAAGACAACCUGAGAAGUGUUCUCUUUCUCGCUGCACAUCAUUUAAUCGGCAUACCGUUAAUACUUUCUACGAUAAUCUUGAAGUAGCCUUACAACGUUCAACAAGUUUUGCAGAUGGUUCAAGGAUAUGGAAUUUAGAUGAAACUGCCACCUCUACAGUAGUAAAUAAAUCUGUCAAAGUAAUCGCAGAAAAGGGAUCUAGGGGGGUAUCCACUAUAGCGGCUGGAGAAAAAGGUACACUAUUGACAACUUGCUGUUAUAUAAGUGCAUCUGGGAAUACAAUACCGCCGGCUCUCGUUUUUCCCCGUGUAAAAUUCAAAGACCAUAUGUUAAUAAACGGCCCACCAGGAUCUUUAGGAUUGGCGACUAAAAGUGGGUGGAUGACUGCGGAUAUUUUCCCUCAAGUCAUUAAGCAUUUUAUUAAACAUACAUUGUCUUCAAAAGAAAACCCAACGUUACUAAUAAUGGAUAACCAUCACAGCCAUAUAUGCAUUGAAGUCAUAAAUCUAGCUAAAGAAAAUGGUGUAACAAUAGUCACACUUCCACCCCAUUGCAGUGGAAAGUUACAACCACUGGAUGUUUCAUGUUAUGCUCCAUUCAAAACAUACUAUGCUGCUGCCGUAGAUUCCUGGCAAAAACAAAAUCCAGGAAAGGUUUUCUCAAUAUAUAACAUUGCUGGUUGUGUAAAUGAAGCACAUCAAAAAACUAUGAUACCAACAACAAUUGUCAAUGGAUUUAGGAAAACUGGAAUUUUUCCUUAUAACCGCGAUUUAUUUACUGAAGCCGACUAUAUGUCUAGUUUUGUAACUGACAGACCAAAUCCUGAACAUUCAACCGAAAUUGAUCUUAUCGAUCCCCCACCACUCGCUGGUCCAUCAUAACAAUCAAAUGAAGAGCCUUCACUGCAUAAAUCCCAACAUGUUUUGCAAAACACAAGUGAAAUGAAAACAAUUGAUAAUAAAACUUUUAGAAGUCCUGCGGAAUUCAAAGGGUAUCCAAAAGCUGGCCCUAGAAAGGCGAUUGGGAGGAAAAGGAAAUCUGGAAGAAGCAUGAUCGCAACGGAUACUCCUGAAAAAAAUCUAAUUGAGAACGCAGCAUCUGAAGCUGCUGCCAAAAAUUCUAAAAUCAGCAUUCCUAAAAGAAAAGAAGCAACAAAAAAAAUAUUUAUCCAAGAGUCCAGUGAUGAAGACGAUCCACUUGAUGAUUGGUCAGCUACUUCCUCAAGUGGAGGGUCAUUUGACCCUGAUGAUAUAGAACAGGAAAAUGCUGUAGAAUUAUCUUUUACUCCAGUAGAGUUUCUAAGAGUAAAUGAAUUUGUAUUGGUUGAAUUUACAGAUAAUAAAAAGUUUUAUUAUGUUGGCCGAGUGACUAAAGAAAAAAAUGACGAAGAUGAAGUAGAAAUUUCAUUUUUAAGAAAAAGUGCCAAAGUGGCUCGAGCUUUUUCCUAUCCCCUAGUUGAAGACAUUGCAUUCGUUAAUAUUAAGGAUGUUAAAUUAAUAUUACCUAAUCCAGAAAAGAAACAAGGAACCAAAAGAACACAAAGUUAUCUAAUUUUUGAAAUGUCAUUCUCAAAUUUAGAUGUACGUUAAUAUAUAGGUGGAUAUAGCUUUAUUUGUAAUCAUAUUAUUUCUUAAUAAAAAUUUGUGUUUUAAAGCUCAUUUUACUUUAUUAUUAGAAAAUUCCUAAUGUUUCACUGUGCCCAUUGCUUUGUUUCAUACUACCC